AGGGACACAAAGCUUUGUAGGCAAAGCCAGAUCUGUUUCCGGAAAGAGAGCAGCAGCUGGAAGGGAAAGGGAAAUUUAAUUUUAUUUAUUUAUCUUUCCCUGCGAGGGCCGGGCGGAGGGGCGGUUUCCCGCCCAGCGGCCGCCCCGCUGAGGGGAGGGAGAUGGCGGGCGGGCGGGUUCCCCGGUUCCCCCCUCGGCUCUCCCCUUCGGCUCCUUCCCUCGGCUUUUCCUGUGCAAAGGGGGGAAUUUGGCGCUUUGUCGCAAACCACCAGCGGUGCUCGGAGCUUUCUCACCCGGGGCGGUGAGCAGAGGGAGAAAGCUCAGCGGGUUCGGCCUCUCCCUUUAGGCUCCGUGUGCUUGUUUUACUUCUUUUCUCCUCCUCCUCUGAAGGCAGGUCUGUGAAACCUUCUCUCGCAGGUUUCAGGGCAGGUUUGAAAAUGCUGUGGUUUGGGUUUUUUUGCAUCGCUUGAGAAGCGUUCACCUGCAGACCACUUCUAAAUAAACGCUAAUGUCUGUGUAUCUCCGGUUGUGUGAAGAAAGAUACGUACGGUGCUUGCCCACCCGCCCAAUGAACAAACAGGAUGCUCACCAGAACUCCAAGUGUUGUUGCCCAAGUGUUCCUUCUUCUAAGCAUAAUUCUUGUCAUUGCUAUUGCAGUGAUUCAGAUAAAUCAGCAAAAGAUCCUCUCCCCAGGGCUUAAGUACGGAAUAGUUCUUGAUGCUGGAUCCUCACGGACUACAGUCUAUGUCUAUGAAUGGCCAGCAGAAAAAGAAAACAACACAGGAGUAGUGAGCCAAACCUUCAAGUGCAAAGUGAAAGGCCCUGGUAUAUCCAGCUAUGAGAAUAACCCAGGAGCCCUUGCCAAACCCCUUGAUGACUGUCUGAAUAAGGUCAAGGAGAGAAUCCCAGUUCACCUGCAUAAAAACACUUCUGUUUAUCUGGGGGCUACAGCUGGCAUGAGACUGCUGAGGUUGCAAAAUGAGACAGCAGCCAACGAAGUCCUUGCAAGCAUUCAGAACUACUUCAGAGCACAACCUUUUGAAUUUAAGGGUGCGCAAAUCCUAACUGGAACAGAGGAAGGGGUGUAUGGAUGGAUAACAGCCAACUAUUUAAUGGGCAAUUUCUUAGAGAGAAACCUUUGGAGGACAUGGGCCCAUCCAUACAGAAAAGAGACCACGGGUGCCCUGGAUCUUGGAGGAGCUUCCACUCAAAUUUCGUUUAUCCCGGAGGUCUCUCAGGAGAACUUCAAUAGCACCUUGCAAGUGAAGUUGUAUGGUUACAACUACAAUGUCUACACUCACAGCUUCCAGUGCUACGGGAGAGAUGAAGCUGAGAAAAGGCUUUUAGCAUUGUUGCUCCAGAAAUCAAGCACCAGCUCCAACGUGGAUAAUCCAUGUUACCCUCGGAAUUACGAGACUGCGUUAACGGUGAAGUACUUCUGUGGCAGCCUCUGCACACAGUCUCUGAGACCGGCAAAUUAUUACCCAAACCAGUCUGUGAGCUUCCAUGGAACAGGAGACCCCGCUCUGUGCCAGGAGAUGGUUUCAUUAUUGUUCAACUUCACUGCUUGCAGGAACCGAGAAGACUGUCCAUUUGAUAGAGUCCAUCAGCCAAAAGUUAAAGGGAAUUUUGUGGCUUUCUCAGGAUUCUACUAUACAAUUAACGCUUUGAAUUUAUCUGAGCGUUUUUCUCUAGCUGACUUCAAUUCAAGUAUGUGGUUUUUCUGUUCACAAAACUGGAUUCAGCUCCAGUUAAUGCUUCCUAAAUUUGAAGAAACAUAUGCUAGAUCCUACUGUUUUUCAGCCAAUUUCAUUUAUUACUUGCUUGUACAUGGCUACAACUUUGAUGAAGGAAAUUGGCCACAGAUACAUUUUCAAAAGGAGGUUGGUAACAGCAGCAUAACCUGGUCACUUGGUUACAUGCUAAGCCUCACAAACAUGAUUCCAGCAGAAAGCAAGAUGAUCCAAUUACCUCUGAAACCUGCCUUGUUUGCUGGGCUCCUCAUCAUCCUCACGGCUACGGCAUUGUUGUGUCUUCUCUUCCUUGUUUACGUGUGUAUCGUGUCACGUAAUCGGAAGGACAUCAGUCACGUGGAAUAUGUAUUUACUCCAGAAUGAAUGAACUUUACUGAAGACCGAAAGAAGAAUCUUUCAUGCUAUGAAGUUCUGUAGGACUUUAUUGUUGAAAAACAGAGGGAGAGAUUAAGACAGGCAACAAGUCCUGAGAAGACCAGAAGCAUAAAUAAAGGAGACAAAAGGCCCGCAGGAAUCUGUGAUAUGGUGAACUGGAGUGCUUUUGAAAUGUU